AUGAAGGAGGAGUGUUCUCAGGCACUGAGCUCAGUGGACCCAUCAGCCACGCGCCAAGACCCCAGCUCCCACUCGCAGACAGAGACCGUCCGAUCCAGCCCAAGAAGCACCCCUGAUCCAUCUGGGGAAAUCGGCUACACGGGUGAGUCAAACGGAGAAAAAGGAAGCUCAUCAGGGGAGGACAGUGACAAGUCCAAUGCACUCAGUGCCAAGUACGUCGCCUACCUUGGCUGUAUCAAAGACAACUGGUCCUCCUGUCAUGCCGCAAAGCUGCUUGAUGAAGAGCUCAUUUCUUACCUACGUCCCCGUUUCGUGUUGCUUUCGACGCCACUCAAAGUCAGGGUGCUGACUUCCUUUCUUUACAUUAAGGCCGACCUGAGGGAAAGAUGCAGCGAAACACUGAGUGAAAUCACCAAGGAGGGGGAGACGGACCCAAAUGAAUGGGUAAAGAAGCUUAGCCGCAUCCUCAUUCCCUACAUUACGAGCGGACGCAUAGACUUACGCGAGACAGACACCGAGACCGCUUUCAGGAUUAUCAAUUUCCUCGACGAACAAAAAGCACUAAAUCCACAGCAGGGCCCCUAUCGCCAAAAAGCGGGACUCGAAGAGCAGCACAUGUGUGAACCACACACUGAAAUAGAAUCCGCUUCUGCAGUGGCGGCAGCCGCGAGCAGCGAAGACCCACUGGUGAACCUGCUUAAACUACCGCAGAAAGGGGUUCUAGAAAUGACCCUUUUCAACGCACGAGACAGCUUCGACAAUCUUUUAAAGGGAAUUGUCCAUCGGGGAACCCAGGAGCUACGAAGGGCUCUGCGAGCGCAGCAGCAGCGAGAACGGAAGCAAAGUGAAGCAAGAAAGGAUUUUCCACCCUGA